GGUCAAACCACCAUGACGAUCGCGCUCUCUGCGUGUCGGAGCCUACGAUUCACUCACCAUGCUCUGGCACAAAGUACGCGACGAUGGAUGUCGACUUCUUUACCCCAGGCAUUUCUAGAGCCAAUACCUUCGCAUCCUGGCGUGACCUGUCUCUCCCUCAACAGACCACAAAGCAAGAAUGCAAUAUCUAUGCGAAUGUUACAGGAAAUGCGCGAAAGCUUGGAGACGGUACACUUUGACAAGAGUGUUCGCGUUCUUAUUGUUCGAUCUACAACUGUGGGAUCUUUCUGUGCUGGAGCGGACCUCGCAGAACGGCGAACUAUGUCACAAGACCAGGUUUCGAAAUUCCUAGUCGAUCUACGCGCUGCUCUGGGACAGCUGGAAUCGCUUCCAAUGCCUACCAUAGCGGCUAUUGAUGGCCCCGCGCUUGGGGGAGGUUUGGAGCUUGGCCUAGCUUGUGAUCUACGCGUCGCAGGUUCAAGCGUAACGAAGAUCGGGCUACCCGAAACUGCGCUUGGGAUAAUCCCUGGGGCCGGUGGAACGCAGCGCGCAACCAGAAUCUUGGGAGUAUCUAAAGCAAAGGAUCUCAUCUUCACUGCACGAUUGCUAUCUGCACCUGAAGCUCUUGAAUGGGGUCUGGUGGAUUAUGUCUCAUCACCAGAGUCCAACGCGUUCGAACGGGCUUUGACCUUGGCAGAGACCAUCUCACGUAAUGCUCCACUUGCUCUUCGCGCUGCCAAACAAGCAAUUUCGCGUUCUGAGGAUCUAUCUCUUGAAAUAGGCUUGGACUUCGAACGAGCGUCUUACGAUACCCUACUCUCAACUUCAGAUCGUCGUGAAGCUUUAGAGGCUUUCAAAGAAAAGAGACGACCUGUAUUCAGAGGGGAAUAGCAAAUGUAAUAAAUUAGUACAAACGAUUGGCGAAUGUGUGUAAAAGCAAAGACACU